GGUAGUCCUGUGGGUACCCGGGGCCUACUCAGUACCCACCCGACCCGAGUACCCGAGUACCCGAACUACCCCUCCCAGCUUUAAUACAUUAAAUAAAUACAUAAAUAAAUGAAAAAAAUAAUCACAAAAGGCGCACACUUGUGUGUACAUACUACAUAACACCGUUUAAUGAUUCCAAAUUAAAAACGCUGAAACUAACUGGUCAAAUAAGAAGUGUAAAAGAUAUUUAACACACUUCAAUCUGUCAUGUGACAAGUGCUCGCCGGAUCAUGUGACAAUGACGUCAUAGUGCCAGCCAGCAGACGAACUAGGCGCGUUCGGAAGUCGUGAGGAGCACGCAACGUAACAGCAAGUCCCGCCACGGAAAAUAGUGGAGACUUCUUUCGGGUGCAACUAGCAAUAUACACAUCCUUCACUUUGCCCUGACCAGACUUGGAAGUUGACAAAGCAUCGGAUAUCGCUGGCACUAUCCAAAUACAACCUGAAAAUGACUGAAUUUUCCUCUGAACUUUUCAAUCAUGUAAGUGGUGAGCAGUUAUCAUCAGACAGGAACAGGAAACACGUGUCACCAAGACAAAUACAACGAAACAUCAUUGACCUUGAACUGGGAGCAACCUCGCCAACAAAAACAGAUGACAGGGCAUUGCAUGACUUUCCGGAAUUUACAUCAGAUUCAGAGCAUCAAGCGAAUCUUAAUUUUCAUGAAAAAUUGCUGGAAAACAUUCAAACUCUGCCCUGUGAACCAAAUGUUGAAGGAACGUCAGAUUGUGAUAUAAGGAGAGCAUUAAGUGAGCAGAGCACACCCAUUAAAAAGAUGAAAAUAGAGAUAAUAAAUGGAAUUAAUACAGUGACAACAGGCUUGGAACUUGAACAUGAGUCUCCAACGUACACUGUUGUGUCUCCCAGCACAGAUAGCCGGGACAGCACACAUCAGAUUAAUCCAACACAGCUGCAAAUGAUGUCGACUAUGGGAGACACGGGAUGGUAUGAAAUCCUGCCAGGAGAUAACAUAGUGUCGACCCCUGUGUCCAGGAAACAGCAUCUACAUGGCCAGAAUCAACUACAGACAGUCAGUGUGCUAUCUAUACCAAAGACAACAGGGCUAACUGUAGUAUCAGACCAUCAGAGCAUGACUACCACACCUGUCAACCAUGAAGCCUGUAACAAGUCCAAUAGCAACACCAACUAUGUGUACACCCCUCAUCCACGAAGUGGUCAGAUCCUGUACAUCACAGAGCCAAAUUCCAUGACCGCUGAGUCUCCCCAAGCCAAUGUCCAAGCGAUCACACCUCUGCUGAUGAACAAACCUAACAUGUCGUCCAGCUUCACCCCAGUAUCACAGAUUUGUUCUCAGAGCUUGGUAUUGAAUAGCAGUGGUGAAGAGAACACUAGCCCAACAGAAGCUGCACCAGUCUCAACAUACAGUUGUCAGGAUGACUCCCCUGUGGAUCCUAAUGUUCAGGACUCCUCCAGCUUCCCUUUAUUGAACUCCCCACAAGCCAUGGAUGAGGAGCGAGAGUCACACAACAUGAAGGAAAGGAAGAGGAGGGCUAGAAUCAAAGAAGCAUGUGACUUAAUGCGACAACUGGUGCCAGGAAUGUCAGAGAAAACGGACAAAGCAACUGUGUUUGAGUUUGCUGCCAGAUACAUCUACUUCCUCAAGAACUUUGUAGGCACUUCCCACGACAAGGAUUUCCUGAUCAAGUACAGUCCAUACUGAAGGUGGCCAGGACAGUCAAUUGAUGGGUGGAAAGAAACAUAAAGGAACAAUUGAAAGAAAUACAUGCAUAAUCCAGCAUAUUCAAUAGGAUAUGACGUGGAGAAUUAAGUUUAGAAGAUUAUAAGAAAAUAUGCUCAAUUUGUCUUUAAGGCAAACCAUUUCUUAUUACUUUUAUCAUAGACAUAUGCAAUUGGAUCUCUGCUACUUGAGGCAAGAAAGAUACAUACUUUUAUGCACGAAUUGACGGAAAGCAAAAUAUAUGUGUUUUUGCAUUGGACAAAAUAUAAUUCUGAAAAUAUUUCUUCAUCCACAUAUUUCAUUUCUGUUUUAUUUGUGUGUAAUCAUUAACCUAUAAGCUGUGCAGAAAUGAAACUUACAGGGCACUACUUAGUCCUUGUGUUGAAAGAACAGUUUGAUAUGGUCUUGUUUGGUCCUAAUUAGCAUCAGAUAUUAUGAGCUUAGAAAGUGUUCAAAGGGCUAGUGCAAUUAUGAACAUCACAAGCCUUUUUUGAAAACUAGAUUUUACCUUUUCAUUGAGUCAAUGGGAUUAUUUCUAAAAAGUAUUUGCUAUGGUUAUUUUGAUAGAUAAAAUAGUGUUUCAGAUAACAUGCUGUUCACAAACAUUGGGUUCAUACGGGGACAAAAGUUGUUUAUUUAUAAUGAGCUUCCUAGUUACAGAUGUGCUUAAACCAUUCAGACUGGCAAGGGAAGUGGUGGUUCGGUUUGUGUACUGGAAACUAGUAUUUAUUUUAUUUCUUGGCAACACAAUGUACUUUGUGACUACCUACAGUCUGCAACUGCAGCCAUUACUCUGAAGCCUAGUCUAGUAUUAAUAUCAUUGGUUGAUUGAACUCAUUUGCAUGUUGUAUAAUAUUAAUAGUCAUGGAUAUGUUGAGACUGAACUCUACUGAAAAUGGUGACAAACAACAAUAUUUGUCCAAAAGGAACUUUUAUACUUCUCACCAACGAUCUGAGAAACUUCUAUUGCAACAAAAACAUUACGUAGGAACAAGUUUGUGUCCAUAGUUAUGGCUGAUAAGCUUGGGUGUUGAUUUUAUUGCUACUGUUGUAACUAUGAGUCUUUGACCAGUGUUCUUAGCUGAUAGGUGUGUUACAGUAUAUUGAAGUUAUGUUUAUCUAUUAAUUUGUUUCUGUUGAAUUUGUUUAGUUGAUGGUGCUAUGUAUUUAUGUAUGAUGUGAAUCAAAGAAGAUUUAGUUACAAUAGUGGGCCUGCACAGAGGAUGCAUUGCAUGUUAUCUUUUUCUGAUGUGAGGUUGAUAUUGAUGUCAUACUUACAUUUAGAGUUGUUAACAAUAAACAGUUUUCAGUGUUUGAAAUUAAGCGCCAAGGUCCCAAGAUACAAAUAUUAGAGAUGCACACCUCAUCCAUAACAGCACACAGAAUAACAACUCAUUUCAAUGCAUAGAAUACCUUAACAGCCACAUUGUCAUACAUCAGUCGGCUAACCUUGACAAUUUCUGUGAGGCUCCAUUUGUAACAGAGGAAGGUAGGUAAAUGUAAUCUUAAGCUGACAAAGUAUACACAGAGAUCAUUAAUAAUAACUUAUUCAUAAAGUUAUUGAGUACUAGAUAUCAUCAUCUUCCCGAGGCAAUGGAGUCCAGUUUCUUACCCUUGCCAAACAAGGAUGGAACUUUGUGUCUCGAUCGUUGCGCCACCAGUGGCAUUAUGAGUUAUGUCCCUUCUAUGUCCAUCCUAUUGACCAAUCAGAUUCCACCUCUCUUUAUCACUUGCUUUUGCUUCGAACAAGAUGGUGGUGCCCAGUCAAGACAAUCUGAUUGAUACUCAAGAUAUUUAUUGAAAUAAAGUGGGCCCUGCCUCGCUAAGUACAUCAAAUCACUUGAGCACCUUGAUUAAGAACUUGUGAAGGUUUAGAAAACAUCUGUCAAUGUUCAGUUGAUGGUACACAUGCCUUGAAAAUCUUUCAAUUGAACGAAAUCUGCAUGACAUUCACCAUGUUUAUGAACGAAAUGUCAAUUUCAGUACACGACUUUGAUUGGCCUAUGCAUAGACUCGUUAGUCCAGCCAAACUGGAACUCCAUAAUUCCAGCCUAGUUUGGCUAGGGUGGAAACUAUACUUUUAUAGUUGGUUAACUCCCUUGCCUGGAUGCCUUGAUAUUAAGGUGUGAAACUUAAAGUUAUCUUAACACUAGCAUACAGUAAAAUUUAUAUUAAGGUAGUAGCAUUACGUUGACUGUUGUAUGGACUAUGUACUGACAAUUAUGACUAGAGUAUUGUUGAUACAUACACACUUAUUUAACCAUGUGAGAAUGGUACAGUUACUUUUUUGCCAGUUUUAACCUUUUUUAGAUCUAUCUGGAUCCUCACUGGCAGAGAUUAACUUGUUGUGUUGCAUGGUAAUUGUAAUGUUGAACGUCAUGUUGAUAUAAAGGAAGAUAACUGAUUGUUGAAGUUGAAUUGAUGAUUAUUAUUUGAGAAAGCUGUGAUACAGAAUAAAACAAUUCAAAUGAA